GACGACUCAUCCUCGGAGAGCGGCAGCGGGAACGGCAUGCACACCAUGACCCUUCCGUCUGCGGGCGGGGCAGCCCCGGGGUCUGAAGGGUGCGUGGGGGGAACCCCCUACAGGAAGGUGGUAAACGGUAACGGGCCCCCGGCCCCGCUUGACUUCAGCACCACCUCCUCGUCUUCAUCGUCCGAGGACCAACAGGCUCCAGUCAACCUGAGUGAAACCAGGCUACCUGGGUCUGCCCUGAUGGGCCCCUUCCAGCCCGACACCCCAGACGAGCUGCGCAGGAAGUACCCCGUCAAGCCUCUCCCCCAUGCCGCUGAGCUGCGCCUGGACAGAGACUCGAUCAGGGACUACGGCAACAAGGUGAGGCCUUCUGCCCAGAUCUGUGUUUGAAAAUAUUUAAAAUACUUUAGCUGGGAUUGAUUGAGUUUACCUGGUGCAAUGAACCAAUAGAAUAGGAUGUAAAACUGCAAGCCUCGCCCAUCUGGCACUCCAGGCAGACUUAAGCAAACAGUAAAAGUAUUUCAAAGUAUUUGAAUGAUUUCAAAUAGUAUUUGACCCCAGGUCUAAUGGUGAUUUAUUACACACAAAGUGAUAAUGUUGAGCAAUGAGCCAACCAGUACCGUGUGAGGAAUAGUCUUGACAGCUCAGUGUGCCAUUGUUAUAGAUGACCAAUGUCUUGCUAUGACCGACUAUGAUGGGUGAGGAAUGCACAAGAAGGUGAGGUUCAUUGCCAGGGCAUUGGACAAAGCUGAGAGAAGAUUCCAUUGAGAUCUCGCCAAACUGCAAUUACUUAUCAAUUUCCAGUGGAUGGAGAAUUAAUAGACACCAUUCUGAGAACGCUCUCAGGUCGGAAUCCAAGACAUUAGUCGUGAUAGAAAACCAGCAAGAGAAUGUGCAUGAGAGCAGUGAGAGCGGCUGUGCCAGGAGAAGUAGCCUAGUUGUGUUGCUGUACUUGUGAUGAACAUCCAUACAGGAGUCAGUGGAGGACAGUAUGAAAGGAGAGAGGGGAUAAAAGGUUCUUCCUUCCUGCUCUCUGGCUAUUGAAUUAGACACACACUUCACCAUGCUCUGACAAUGCAGCCUUGUCCUUGAAAGCAUCUUCUUUGCCGCAUUGGAAGGAUCAGACAAAUAGAACAGUUUAGGCACAACAACAGCUAGCAGUGUUUUGUGUCUCACUGUCUUCAGUGUUCCUCAUGAUUGAGAUUGUGCCGGGUGCUUUCAAUGUCACCUAGCAUACAGACGGAGUGAAAACCUUACCCCGGCUUUGUGUCUGUUCUUUCUUUGUCUGUGCUUAUUCUGUGUGUGUGUGUGCACCUGUGCAUGUGUGUUUUGAUGUGUGUGUGUUUGUGUACGAACCUGUGUGUGAAUGCGCACGUGCACCUAUAUGUGUGUGUGUGUGACAGUCUCCUCAGUACAGCUCAGGAAGCUACGACUCAUUGAAGAUGGAGACGUGUGCCGAGGACCUGACCGUGAGCAGAGGCGUAGCGGCGGCCGACGAUGAUGACGAUGAUGAUCACGACGACAGUGACAAGAUCAACGACACAGAGGGCAUGGACCCCGAGAGACUAAAGGCCUUCAACGUAAGAGCUGCUCUCACCUCAACCACACACACAGCAUGCGCACAUGCACACACACACCACACAUGUGCAAACACACACACACAAAACACACACAAUGUAAGAGCUCCUCUCACCUCACCUUUACAUGACCUUCACCUCAGGAGCACUGGAAACAGCAAAUAGCUAGCAGAGCAGACACCUUUUUUUCUACAGGAUUUUUUAAAUCUUCUUUUCAGAUGUUUGUGCGUCUGUUUGUGGAUGAGAACCUGGACCGCAUGGUGCCCAUCUCAAAGCAGCCCAAGGAGAAGAUCCAGGCCAUCAUCGAGUCGUGCAGCCGCCAGUUCCCAGAGUUCGAGCUGCGUGCUCGCAAGCGCAUCCGCACCUACCUCAAAUCCUGCCGCCGCAUGAAGAAGAACGGCAUGGAGGUACGUACCGCAUCUACCAUAUCUCCUCUCAUCCUUCUCUCAUUCCUACUCUCUUUCAUCCCUUCAUCUCUGUCUCUCUCUCAUUCCUCAUUCUGUGUGUGGCUGGUCUAGACGUACCACACCUCUCUCUCCCUCUCAUCUUUCACCCCUCUCAUUCAUACCCCCUCUCUCAUCCCUCCCUCUCUCGUGGUCCUGUGUGUGACUGGUCUGGUAGCCAUUUGCUCUGGCCCCCUCCAUCCCCCAUGUAUAGAUGUUGUCUGGGCUCUGUCUAGCAACAGUACUCCCAUAGGAUUCAUCAUCAUUGAUUUUCUUUGCUAGUUUGUAUCAACAUUGGUUCUUAGAUCAGGAUAUAAUACUUUAAUUUUGUUCCUUACCUGGUCAAAUAUUCUGUUAAAAAUGUAGUCAGUGCUCAUGAAUCUGGUUAGGAAUGAGACUAUCUAGUAAAGCUUCAUCUGUAAUAGAUGAGUUGGAAACUUUUUGUAAUGAGCAGGUGCUUCUGAAAAUGUUCUGUAUUAUUAGUGUUUUAUAUAUGCUCUGUACUGCCCCCCUGUGGUCAAUGUGUUAUUUUCACACAAUGUUGGGAUGUUCACAUUAUGGUGCCUACUGUGUACACACUACUGUAUGCAGUGUUGAUUAUUCUGGCAAGAAUUCAAGCAAAGCAUAACUGUCUAUUCUUAAGCAAAGAGCAGACAGUACUGGCUAUAACAAGCUUUAUUCAACCUUAAAAAGGGUACUCUGCUCUGACGUGGGGAUGAAUUUGUGCUGAUUGUCUCUCCCCUGCCAGACACGACCCACCCCACCUCACCUCACCUCAGCCAUGGCUGAGAACAUCCUGGCAGCCGCCUGUGAGAGCGAGACACGCAAGGCUGCCAAGAGGCUGCGCCUGGAUGUCUACCAGGCACAUGUGAGUACUCUGUGUGUGUGUGUGUGUGUGUUCGUCGGUGUGUUAGUCGGUGUGUGUGUUGUGUGUGUGUGUGUGUACGUGUCUAUUUUCUCAGGUGGAUGGAUGUACUGUGGAUGUUUUCCAAUAGCCAAUGGCAAAGUCUGUUCUUAUUAUAUACGUGAAAGUGGGACUGAAAACUCUCUCUCGUCUCCCCCCAGGAGGAGCAGAUAGCACUUGACAAGCCCAGUUCUCACGAGCCGGCCUCCCUGGCCCACUCUGCCUACUCUCUGGCCGCCUCAGCCUACUCCCAGGACCAGCUCUACAUCAAUGGUGGGCUCAACUACAGUUACCGUGGUUACGGGGGCUUGGGAGCAAGCAUGCAACACCCUGUCUCCUUGACAACCGCCACUGCUCAGAGCAACGGUGAGAGAGCAUGCUUCACGUCUUUGAUUGGCCAGCGAAUGGCAUCUUAGAGUAGCAGCAUACCUUAGCUUACCUGAAGCAUGUUGCUCGUACUGUAGCAGCAUCACUGGCCUAGUUUAGAAUGGACUGAGACCUAUUGAGAAAACUAUUCUUGCCCGUAUUUGCAUGUAGCAAACAUUUACAAACAUACAGGUGGAACUCAUCUAAAAUAUAUUUCCUACUGUUGAUAAGUGGAUAAGAAUGCAUAUUUAUGAUUUCUAAGAGUUACAUUUGUAGUAAAAUGCCCCCAGUAGGUGUCUUAAUUUGAGUGUGUCUUUCCCCAGGCCCUACUGACCUCAGCAUGAAGUCCCUGGUGUCCAACUCGUCAUCGGCCAGCUCCAACAGCCACGGGCGGAGCGGUGGCGGCGGAGGGAGUGGGGCCUCGGCACAGCUCAGCCCCACGGAGAUCACAGCCGUGCGGCAGCUCAUCGCCGGCUACCGCGAGUCAGCUGCCUUCCUGCUCCGCUCGGCCGACGAGCUGGAGACCCUGAUCCUGCAGCAGAACUGAGAUGAAAACCCCACCUCCCCCCGACUCACUCCUUCUCCCUCUCUCACUCCGACUCUCCCACACGACCCCUAACUAACCGACCAACCACUCUCCCACUCACCAGAUCCAUCUGUCCGUGAUUCGUCCUCCUCCACCAACCUUUACAUUCUCCCCAUCGCCAGGAAAGAAGGCAUGCAACAGUGCUACCUUCCUCUAGUCUAAUAGUCCAA